AUGUUGUCACUCAGACGCCAGUUCUCCGCAAGGCUAGGAUUGCGGAAUUCUGCGCAAAAGUCGCUUCGCCAGACAUACUCGGGUUUACUUGCUGAUCCGUGCUUUAAAAAUUUCAAUAUCAAUGAGAGUUUGAACGAUGAGCUCGAACCAUAUGACCUUUCCGCUUCGAUUAUUGGUAAACUAUCGAGCCUGCAUGCUGCUCCUUCAGUUCGAGAAACAAUCCACAAUCGCAUGAUAGAAGCUCUAACUAAACAUGAUUUCAGUAUCGGGACUAUCCAUACUCGAGAACUUCUUAAAAUGGGAGGCCAGCUUAGCCUCGAGAGCUUUGUGCAAAUUAUUAACAGCAACCCUGGUAGAGUACAAAGCUCCUGGGAACUAUUCCUGCAACACUACCAUCUUGUAAAUUCGUCGCCUGAAGCAUUACUUACAGUUUUACGAAAACUGCUUUAUUUUGACCCUGUCGACAUUGAAGAUGGUAAAAAAGAGCUUGAUACCCGCGACCUUGCUAGAUGUAUCUUUUUGAUGAAACUGAUAAGUUCUGCUGGUUGCUUGGAACAAGUUCCAAAUGAUUACUGGAAUAUUAUUUUAGAGGCGACCAUUGAAGGUAAAGCAUCGACAUUGAUACCGUUGAUCACACGAAGCUUCAUGCCAUCCUACGACUCCUUUGAUGAAACACAAGAACUGACAAGCUACCAGGUUUUCCAGCUUUUCCAUGACGGGGGUAAACGCCUCGCGGAUGAAAACUUGCCUAUGUUUAAGAGAGUUCUUUCUGUUUUGGGUCGCAAUUCUUGCAUCAAGUUAACACCACAAGAGAAUGAAGUCGAAAAAGAAUUGGAAAAAGAGUUGGAAAACAUAAGCAAAAAGCUCCAUACCCUAAUUCCUGUCACUUUUCCUUAUGAGGAGGUGUCUUCUCAAUCUGCAUUUGAGAACAUGUUACAAACUGUCCUUGAGUUGGAUAAGAACAAAAUAAGCAAAUGUGGAGUGUAUGAGGUUGCUCUACGAAGCUUGGGAAUUUAUAAAGGCAACUUAUCGAGCGCUGACAAGUAUUUCGAGGAAUUUAUGAAAGUCGCGCCAUCUGAAGUCGACAACAUGCAGUAUGAGUUAUUUUUGGCUUUUAUCCACCGUGGCGUGCAAACCAGGGAUGAAAAGCUACUACAGAAAGCUGUCCUUCUCGUGCCACAAUCCAGUUCCAAGUAUUUAGAGCUGUCAGUUGAUAGAGCAUUGAUCAUUGCUUACUCAAUAUUUGACAUAGAAAAAGCGCUUGAGUACUACAAUCGCUCCAUUUCAAGUUUUGGAAAAGCCCAACUUGAAGGAUGCUCAAAUUCAGAGGCUGGCCUACUAACGGAAGCGUUAAUACUGGCCUACCUAGGAAAAAAGGACAGGGACUUCGCACAUGUUAUACUCGAGGGCGCAAUCGGCGAAGGGCUAUUUCCUAGCCCAUAUGCUAUCAAGAGCGUCAAAAAAACCUUUGCCGCCUAUGGCGACAUACUUGAUCAGGAUAAUAGUGAUGCGCAACUCCAAGCACUGGUACUUGAUUAUAUAAAAGGUUUAUAA